GGACCCCUGGCUGCAGCGGGCACAGCCCCCAUGUGUCCUCACACUCGUGAUCGCUUUCUGUUGUUCUUUCUUCUCCUCUUUUGCUUCCCUUCCUCCCCUUUUUUGAUUUCUUCCGUUGGUUCAAUUGUGCACUCUUUUCUCGCGCUCUUUACCUGUGCUCUCUCCAUUCCCUUCUGGCUCUCUUCUCUCCAUCCCUCCCUCUCCACUGUCUCAAAGCCCUCUGCUCUAUCCAUCCUUGAGCUCUCUCUCACCCCCUCUGUCAUCUCCCUCACCUUAUUUUACUCUUUCCUUCUUGCUCUUUCUCUCCCUUCUCUCCUCCUUCCCUUUUCCUCCUCUUUUCCGUAUCUUUCUCAUUUUCACUUUUUCUCCAUUUCUUUCUCCUUUAUUUCUUUCUUUUUAUCUUUUUCUCUUUUUUUUCUCCAUUUCUUUUUCUCAUUUCUCCCUUUUCUCUUUCUCCUGCUUCUCUUCCUUCCUUCCUUCCUUCCUUCUUCUCAUUUUCACUCUUUUUUCCUCCAAUUCUUUCUCCCUCUGCUUUCUUUCUCCUUUUUUCUCCUUUUUUCUUUCUCCUUUUUUUCCUCUUUCUCAUUUUUUCUCCCUUCUUUUUUUCUUUCUCCUUUUUCCUCUUUUUUUCCCCUAUUUCUUCCCCCAUUUCCCUCUCCUUUUCCCUUUCUGCUUUCUCUUCUUCUCCCUUCCUUCUCCCUCCACCCCUUUCCCCAGCUCUCCCAUCUCCCAUUUCCACCAUUCCCUUUCCCCCACCCUUUACCCCCCAGCACAGGGCCCCGUCCAUCCCCAUUGUGGCCGGGACCGGGGCAGGAGCAGCGCCAGGAGCGGGGUGUCCCCGCCGUCCCCACGUCCCCAUCCCGCACACCUCAUUUUGGGGGCGGGGCAGCGGGGGGAGCACAGCCUGUCCCGUCCCCCCCAUUGUACAUAGCUCACCUGUGUGUCGCAUCGCCCGUCCCCGCCAUAGGAAUACCGUAGUCCUCCCCGGCCCCUUAUUGUGACCAGAGAUGCUGAUGAUGACAAGUGACAAAUGUUUGGGGUUGGGGGGUGGGGGAGGAAGGGGUUGGGCGGUGGGUGGGGGUCUCUUUCACAUUUUGUACAGAGAACAAAAAUUCCUCGGGGGAAAAAAAUGAGAAAAAAAAUAAUUGUCUUUUGACCGAAGUAACUUUUCUGGUGCUGUUGUUGAUUUGUUCCUUUUUUUUUAUCUUUUUUUUUUUUUUAAUUUAUUUCCCCUCUCCCCCCUCCCCCCCCCCGCCCCCCCCCCCCCCCCCACUGUGCUCCUGCCUCUGCCGCUGCUUCCCCCAUCCCUCGGCCACGUUUCUUUCUCUUUCUUUUAUCCCCCUUCCACCCACCCCCUUUUUUUUUUUUUUAAUCUUUAAUUUUUUUUUUUUGUGGUAAUUUCCCCUCCCCCCCCAUCCCUUUCCCACCCAGCCCUUGAUUUCAAUAGUCACUGCUACAAGUAACGAAUGCACUGUGAAGAUUCCAGUAUUAAUAAAGGUUGUACUGUAAUUAAUAGCCUCGCCCAUGGUGGUCUAUGAGGACUGGAGGGUCAUGGUGUCCCUAUGGUUGAACCCAACAGUAUUGUUGGGCGGUUCCACCAAGAGGAACCGUGGGUGGUGGGGUCCCAUUGCAAUGUGACAUCUCUGCUCCCUCCCCGGGGUGUUGACAGCGUCACCCGCUCCUCCCCAAUAAUUGCAGGGUGAUUUCCCAAUGGUGUGGGGGCGGCCGCCCUGCCCAACCCAUUGCAGCAUGGAGGGUCUGAGCGCCCGCAGUGUGCUGGUGACGGGCUGUGAUGGGGGCAUGGGGCUGGAGCUGCUCAAACGCUUCCUGGAGCUGCCCACCCCCCCACAGUGCCUCUUCGCAGCCUGCACUGACCCCGAUGGGAAGGCUAUCAAUGAGAUGGCUUUGGGCAGCCCCAGCGUUGUGAUCUUGCCUCUAGAUGUGACGGACCCCAGCAGCAUCCAGGCUGCGGUGGGCAGGGUGCGGGAGGAGCUGCGUGGUUCUGGCCUCAACCUCCUGAUCAACAGCACCGGGGCCAGGCGCCACAGCAUGCUGGCCACUGAGUCCGCUGAGAACAUGGCCCUCAUCUACGCCACCAACACCAUCGGGCCCCUGCAGACCAGCCAGGCGUUCAUGCCCCUGCUGAAGGAGGCUGCAGAGGCACACAGUGGGCAGGGGCUGAGCUGUGGCAGGGCGGCCAUCGUCAACAUCUCCAGCAUCCUGGGCUCCAUCGAGGUGGUGGAGGCAUGGGAUGAGAGGCAGGACGUGUCCUACCGCUGCAGCAAGGCUGCUCUCAACAUGCUCACCAAGUGCCUGGCCCUGGAGUAUGGUGACAGUGGGAUCCUCUGCGUGUCCGUGGACCCUGGCUGUGUGGUACCACCACCAGGAGAUGGGAUGGGACCAGUGACAUUGGAAGAGAGCACCCAAGGCGUCCUGCAAGUCCUUGCCAACCUCUCGGCCACCAGCAAUGGAACCUUCUGGGACUGGAAGGGACAGAGGCUGCCGUGGUGACCACAGCAUCCAUGUUCCCAGCUGCCGAGCUCAAUAAAGUCUUCUGAUGGCCAUG